UCCUUGGGUGAGAAGGUGAGGGGGUGCCUCGUGUCGGCAUAGGUGGUGGUCAGUAGGGGCCUGUUUUGGUAUAGCAGGGGGACAGGCACAGGUUGUUGAUGGGAUGAUGGGUGGGCCACCGUCGUCUCCCUGGAAUAGAACAUCAUGCCCCACGGACAUGCCACUAACAGACCGGACAUGGACACGUCUGGCCACACGUGUCUGCCGCUGCUAUGCAACACUCUCUUAGCUCAGCUUACGCUUACCAAUUCUACUAGCAUUUUGAAAGUUUGGCUAUCGUUUGGCUAUUGGCUAUUUGAUCCAGGUGGUGAUGUGGAUGGUGGUGCCUGCAUGGGUCCGACAUGCAGGCGGAAGUCAUGUUGAUCAUUCGAAGCACCUUCUGCGGGUUGUUACUAUGGCACAGUUCAUCCCAAGGAUACUUAGAAUCAUUCCUUUGAUGUCGAGAAUGCAGCGUGUGACAGGUGUUAUUUUCGAGACUGCUUGGUCUGCCUUCAUGUUGAAUCUUCUAGGUCUUCUCGUGGAAAGCCAUAUUGCAGGAGCAAUGUGGUACCUAUAUGCUGUGGAGAGAGUGGACAAGUGUAUGCGCCAUUCUUGCAAGUUGGAAGCUGAGGAAGGAUGCAUUUUCAGGUUUCUUGACUGCCCUGAUCCAGGUGGCAUGACAGAAAAGCGAUUUACCUUUGACUACACUCCUUACACGUCUGAACUCCUACUGCGAAGGGAGCGGUGGAUUAACUCUUCCAACAUCAUGGAUCUAUGCUUUCAAUCUGAGCAUCCCCAAGGCCUGAGUGCAAGGCCCAAUCCCGUUGUCUCGGAGUCGAAAACGCACUGGGAGUAUGGCAUAUAUGGGGAGGCGCUUCCUGUCAUCUUCGCCGAUCAUGGCCAUUUCAGCAUCUAUGUGAGGUGUUUGUUCUGGGGACUUCAAAAUCUUGGGAACUUGGCGAGCAUACUUGCACCAAGUGUUGACAUUGAGGAGAGUUUGUUCUGCUGUGGACUCAUCAUCGCUGGGCUGCUAACAUUUGCCCUACUGGUGGGAAACAUCCAGACAUUUCUGCACUCUCUCUCGAAGCAAAAGGAGGAGGCCAGAUUGAAGAGGAGAGACAUGGAGUGGUGGAUGAAAAGACGGCGGCUUCCAAACAAUCUUAUACGUCGUGUACGUGAUUAUCAACGACACUUGUGGGCGACAACUCGAGGCGUGAAUGAAGAAACGAUGCUUCUAGAGCUGCCGGAAGACCUGAGACGUGACAUCAAGCAUCAUCUUUGCCUGGACUUGAUUGCCAAGGUACCGCUCUUUGCAAGUAUGGAUGCGGUUGUGCAGGAGGAAAUAUGUGACCGGUUGAAAUCACAAAUAUAUGUGAAGGGAUCGAAAGUCGUAAAGGAAGGGGAGCCCAUCAAAUUCAUCUUAUUCAUCCUUAGGGGUGCGAUUGACCAAUUGGCCACCUAUCAGCCAAAUGGUGUGAGCUUGAACGAGGGCACCGUCUGUCUGGGAACCCUACAACAAGGAGAUGUUUUUGGGAGUGAGCUGUUGCUGGCUUUGUGUCCAAUGGCCUGGUACAGGAAAGAGUCCACACUGAGCUGUAGUAUGCCGGACCCUGUGGGUGCUAACGAGCACAGAGUUGGCAUCGGCGUCGGCAACUUUCUGGUGGAUGUUGAUGGCGGCCCUUCAUCAGGAACACACAUGCAAAGGAAUGGUGGCGAAUGCUACGACAUGUCCCCUUUCUCAGUGCCACCACAUACAUGGAUGAGUUCAAUGCAGGGUUCAAAUUGGAUGGAUGGAAGUUUUCCGCUUUAUCGCCGUCGUCAUUAUCCGAUGGUCAAGUCAGCAACCACUUUGGUGUGUCGGGAAGUGGUCGAGGGGUUCGUGCUGUCACUGAAGGACAUUCAGUAUGUCGUCGACGUUUUUCGGAAAAUCAAAGGCAUUGACAGGAUGACCCGGCAGAGCACCAUGUGGCGACGGAGAUCUACCUCCUGGUCCAAUUGGGCGGCUUCAACCAUCCAACGGGCAUGGCGGCUCAGAUCAGAAAGGAGGACGAGGAGGAGGAGUGCACAAUUAUCAUCAUUACUACAUUCGGAUCAUGGUCGUUUUCCUGACGAGCAGCAACGACCUGCUACCGGGGAGCCAAGGGCUGUGUUUUCUCCAGGCCCCCAGCUUGUGCAGAUGACAUCAUCACCUUCCUCCUACAUGCCUUUCCAGUUUAUGUGAAAGGGGGGGUGGGAGGGGAGGGAAAAAAGGGGAAACGAAAUUGCAAAAAACUUACGCAUAGCUAUGGUUUACCCUCC